AUGUAUGCGAAUCCGGCGCGACCGAGGCAUUUUGUGGACGAGAGUCUGGACUAUCGGAUAAUGACGACCGCAGACUCCGACACCACAGUGGUAAGGUGUGGCAAGUUUAUUCUUCGCCAGAUUUUCGGUUCGGUUCGGAAAAUCAUCAGCCACUCUCGCGUUCUGCGGAGGUUCUUGUCGCUGAAGGGUUUGCCGACGCAAGAGGGAACCCUGUUGCUUUUCAAGGACAUGACCGAUGCCAUCGACAUGAUUGAAACAGCGAACGGGGUGAUGAUUUCCCACAUUGACGCUGGCAAGAUGGGAGCACAUCUGGAUGCGAUCACGUCCCGUUGGCUAGAAAAACGGGGACGUUUUGUGGAAAACGACCCCGAGUCCGGGCUGUACAAGAAACUGUUCCGCUUGAAAUUCAUCUACAACCAUCUGGACGAAGUUUAUUCGGACAAGUACAAUAUUUACCAGGCUGCGUACGUAGAUGCAGCGUAUGCCGUCCGAGCCGUGCUGUGCUUCGUGAUGCAGAUCAUUUCUUUCGCGGCGCUGAUGAAGGAGGGCGGUGGCAGUGGCAAAACAUCCUUGGCCGGUGACCGUCGAAGUGUGGUCGACGUGAUUCUGAUCGUCGUUACCAUCAUGUUUAUGUUUUUCAACCUGCCGGCGAAUUCAAUCACUUCGAGCAUGAGCCACAAUGUCGUGUUGUUCCACGUGUUUCUCAGCAUGAAGAUGUAUGGACGUCUCGCGUUCGUGGUGAUGGAUCUUGUAGUGAAUUUCUUUAUAAUCUCGCUGAUGCCGGUAGUGUCUGCUCGACUUUUGUACGACACCGACGACUCCGCCAGCAUAGUGGCGAAGAGUCUGUCCGUCUUCUUCGUCACGAGUCUCGACGACUCGGCGAUCACCAAGAGCGAAUCCAACAACAUGUCCGCUUCUCAGAGCGCGUUGCUGCGCGACGUGACGGAAAAGGUCGAUCAUUUCGUUGACUCCGACCGCUUGUGGUUCGUGGCCUACCUACCGUGGGUGGAAAUGCUGCUCCUCAUCGGGUCCGUCACCGUGUCGUACUCGAUCCUUCUAUGA